AUGUCGUUAACACUGUCCCUCCCUCCCCCUCCUGUAGAUUUUAUCGAGUCUAACAUUGUAGUAAACCUUGGGGGCUACUUUACACAAAAACGUGUCGAAGCUGCUGGUCGUGCAUUUCAUAAACGUGCACGUAAUUUCGCACGUGGACGUUCUGCCAGUCAUGAUGAAAUUGAUGACGCUGCCACGGUCCGUCACGCCUUGCGAAAAGAAGAAGAAUUGAUUUUACGUAAAUACCGACGUAGUCUUCGUGGUAAAAACUUUUUGGACUUGACCAUGUACCAACAAUUAGGGUUAAGUGACCUUGGAUUUAACGUUACCGAUGAGCAAGUGAAAAAAGCGUAUCAUCGUGUUUUAAUUGAACAUCAUCCGGAUAAAACCGGUAAAACCGAAAACGAUCCCAAUUAUUUGGCCGUUCAAAAAGCGUUUAGUACGCUGAUGGAUCCUCAAAAAAAACGUGCUUAUGAUUCCCAAUGUGAUUUUGACGAAUGGAUUCCAUCCGGGACGGAAAAAAUUGCUGAAAAUGACAGUAAAGGCGAAGGAAAAAGUUUUUAUGAACUUUAUGGACCUGUGUUUACGGCCAAUGCUCGAUUUAGUGACAAUCAACCGGUUCCAACUCUUGGUGGUGAUGAUAAACCCAUUGAUGAAGUGUAUGCGUUUUACGACUUUUGGAACAGGUUUGAUUCGUGGCGUGAUUUCACCCACGAUUCGGAACAUGAUGUGGAAUCUGCAGAACAUCGUAAUCAUAAACGAUGGAUGGCAAAGAAAAAUGAAGCUGUUGCUAAGAAGAAGAAGAAAAAAGAAUAUGCACGUCUUGCUAGUCUUGUGGACCGUGCAUUGGCAGUGGAUCCACGUAUUCGUCGUGUUAAACAAGAAGAAAAAGAUCGUAAAGCUCAAGCAAAACGUGAAAAGGAAGAAGAGGCUCAACGUCUUAUUGAUGAAGAAAACCGAAAGAAAGAAGAGAUGGAACGGGCGGCUCAGGAAGCUGAAGAAAAAGAGAAGGAAGCUCGGAAGAGGGCCAAGAUGGCCAAGGAGAAGCAAAAAAAGCUCUUUCGAAAAGUCAAAAAGGCUUUCCGUGGGCUUAUGGUGGCUGCUAGUGAACAAGGGCUGGACGGAGCUAUUGAUGUCAUCAAGACGGAGGAUCUGUGUGACUCGCUCGACAUGGACGCGUUGGAGGCCCUUGUGACCGCCUGUGGAGGUUCCAUUGAUAAGCUGGAUGCCUCAGGUCUCGCUGCUGUCAAUGACGCCCUGGCCAAGCUUUGA